AUGGUGCACCACAUCCACAUUGCCGUCCUGGACGUCGACAUUCCAGCCCGCCAACUCUAUGAAGCCCGAGGACUAUGCAGCGCACACUUCCGCGCCGUGCUCCGCGAGACUGCCUCGCGCCUGAAUGAGACUUUCUUCUCCGAGAAAGAGAAGCUCGACGUCAAGAUCACACCCUACGAUAUCCGCGGCGGCCACUACCCAGACCUAUAUAAGCUUCGCGGACACACCGGCGAGGACCAGAUCCCCGUCGCCUUCCCCGUGGAUGCCGUCCUGAUCACCGGCGGCUCGCCCGGCGUAUACGAAAUGGACCGCUCGCCCUGGAUGCAGGAACUCAAGGCUUUCGUGCGCACCGUUUACACUCAAUACCCGCAAGUGCGCAUUCUCGGCACCUGCUUUGGCCACCAGCUUAUUUCGCACGCCAUCGUGCGCAACAAGGAGGACACCGCCCGCGACGUCUGGGUUGAGAAGUGCCCACUCGGCCGCGAGGUCGGUAUUCAUAAUGUUCAAUUAAAUAAGGGAUUCCUGGACGCGUUCCCGGCUGCGCUGGGCCAUUUGCCGGAUGGGAAGUUGCGCAUUCAGAUGUUCCACGGGGACCGCGUGAUGGCUGUUGAGAAGGGGACUCCUGUCACUGUUACUGAGUCGCCGCCUGUUUCUCUCCCGGCUCCUUGGAUUAAUAUUGGAAGUACCGAGAUUUGCCCCAUCCAGGGCUUGUACCACCCCGGUCGUGUCUUGACUGUGCAGGGUCAUUAUGAGAUGGAUGCUUUCGGAUUGACCAAGAUGUGUUUGGAGGCUGCGCCGGUCAUGGGCUGGAAGGAGUCCAAGCUUGCUUUGUUCUUGGAGCAGGUUGGUGAUGACCUCAAGGAAGACCAGUGCGACCGCAAGGCCUUUGCUUCGGCGGUUGUGUCUUUCCUGGCUGGCUUCGAACAAUGA